GGCAACAUCCUCGUGAUGGUGUCGUUCAAGAUCAAUAAGGCCCUGAAGACGGUGAACAACUACUACCUGCUUAGCCUAGCAUUUGCUGACCUUACCAUUGGCACGCUGUCAAUGAACCUCUAUACCACCUACAUCAUCAUGAACCAGUGGGCUCUGGGGCCAGUGGUCUGUGACUUAUGGCUUGCAAUAGACUAUGUGGCCAGCAACGCCUCGGUCAUGAACCUGCUUGUUAUCAGCUUCGACAGGUAUUUCUCUGUUACCGGACCUUUGACAUACCGGGCCAAGCGUACACCCAAGCGAGCUAUGACCAUGAUUGGAUUAGCCUGGUCAAUCUCUUUCAUUCUUUGGGCCCCAGCAAUCCUUUUCUGGCAGUACGUUGUGGGUGAGCGGACAGUCCAGCCCAACGAGUGCUACAUCCAGUUCCUGUCCGAGCCCAUCAUUACAUUCUCCACUGCUGUCGCUGCAUUCUACUUGCCUCUAACUAUUAUGUCCUUCCUGUUUUGGAAGAUCUAUCAGGAGACAGAGAAGCGUGCUAAAGAUAUACAAGGUCUCAAGGCAUCUGGGUCAGGCAAUAGCCAAAGCCAGGCUCAGAAUCAAGGGAGUGGGAGAGGAAAAGCUUGUGGAGAAGGUGGGACUAACAGCCAGAAAGAGUCAUCAGCCUUAAGCUCUCAAAGCUGCAGCAGCUAUGAACUAAAUCAGCUAGCUUCAGAGAAGAACAACAAGGACAAGGCCAGCAUACCUGGAGGAACCGGAAGCAAGGCCAGGUGUGGCGCAUGCUGCUUUCAGUUUUCAUUACUGCUGCCAGGUCGGCGUGCGUCCAUGAGGUCCGUCAACACCACGACAACGACAGUUGGUGAAGCAGAGCAGAGCAGCUCAGACAGCUUGAACAACAAUGAGGUUGGGGAACCGUCAGGUUCAGAGGACAAAGGUAACGCUGCAGACCCGUCAAGGCCUCCAACAGCAGCCAUCAGCAUGAAAGACGCGGCGAUGGCCAAAGGCUUCGCCUCCAAGGCCAAGACCGAAAUCAACAAGCGCAAGAAUGAAAAAAAGGCAAAUGAGAAGAAAGCAGCACGGACACUGAGUGCCAUCCUCUUCGUCUUCAUCACAACAUGGUUACCGUAUAACAUCAUGGUGUUGGUCAAUGCUUUCUGUCAGGACUGUAUUCCACAGACUCUGUGGGCACUCGGCUACUGGUUGUGUUAUGUUAACAGCACCAUCAACCCCAUCUGCUACGCCUUCUGCAACAAAACCUUCAGAACAACGUUCAGGGAUAUUUUGAUGUGCCAGUGGAAUCAAAAGAAAAAACAGCCUACUUUUCAUCAGAGGAAGGCCGUGGCUUUCAAGAAAAAAGACCCAAUGUAG